AAAUCUGCUUAUUCAUGGUAAAUAAUUCAAUGUUUUUUUACAACAAUACCAAAUAUGUUUAUCGUCGUUACUCGUAAUCUUCGCCGGGUCGUAAACUUAUGACCGAGAGAUAAAUUUAGCGCCUUACAUAACGUGAUAAUGGAUACAUUAUCUCUUCACAACAGUAAACCGACGCACUGUCACUUGUUAUUGUUUAUUUCGUCCAAUUAGAUACAUUCAGUAUUGGAUUUUAAAAGAUACCAUACCUAUAGCGAGAAGGUAGUUUUAAGUUUUAUUUGUUCUUAAAGAUAGUGCCACCUGUCACGGAAGUUUGGAAGAUAUUAUACUAGCAACUGAAAAUGGCUUCCCACAAGCUGAUCACGAAGAAAGUCAUAAACUCCCCAGAGACGUGUGUCGAUGACAACUUGCGCGGUGUGGUGGCGUUGUAUCCCAAUCUACAUCUACACCCUAAACAUCGGGUAGUCACUUUAAAAAGAAAGAGUGAUUCUGGUAGAGUAGCAGUUCUUAGUGGAGGUGGAUCUGGACAUGAACCGUUUGCAGCAGGUUUUAUAGGAGACGGCAUGCUUUCUGGAGCAGUGGCUGGAGGCGUCUUCGCAUCGCCACCAACAGCCAAUGUCCUCUACGCGAUUGCACAACUUUACAAGUAUAAUUCAGGUGGUGUUUUAGUAUUUUGCGGUAACUACACUGGCGAUCGAUUAAAUUUUGGAAAAGCAACUGAAAAAGCUAAAAUAGCAGGCAUUAAGACGGAGCUAUUCUUCGUAGGCGAAGACGUAGCAUCUAGCCAUAAUAAGACUGGGGGCAGAGGAAUGUGCGGCGAAGUCUUCCUUUUCAAGAUUCUGGGUGCCAUGUCUGCGAAGGGAUACGACUUGUCUUCAAUGCACAACACUCUUGCGGAAGUAACUAAGAAUAUGGCGACUCUUGGAGUAUGUUUCAGCGCUUGUUCUUUGCCAGGCCAACCACCUCUGUUUGAGAUAGCGCCUAAUGAAAUGGAGUUAGGCGCCGGGGUCCAUGGGGAAGCGGGUAUUGAGAAACUGAAAAUGGGCACAGCUAAAGAAAUUGUGGCGUUAAUAUUGGAUAAGAUAAUAGCUCAUCUUAAGCUCGGCGCCGGCAACAGGGUUGCAGUCAUGAUAAACAAUAUGGGAGGCACCUCGCUCAUGGAAAUCAAUAUUAUCGCAGCCGAAAUCAAGGACUACUUAGAUCAAAAACGCAUAAAAACGGAACGAAUGAUCUCCGGUCACCUUAAGACUUCCUUAGAGAUGCAGGGCUUCCAAAUUUGCCUCCUACAUCUGAACAAAGAGCAUGGCGAUCUUUGGUUAGAACUACUUGAUGCACCUACAGAAGCAAUUGGCUGGACUGGUGGUAUAAUGUCCGUGAGGGAUGGUGAUGAAGUAUAUGGUGAUGAUGAAACGUUAUUGCAGGGUGAUGGGCGAAAGAAAGUAUCCGGUCCAUCUUUGUCAGUGAGUGAGCAAGAAAUACUUCGCGGCAGCUUACAAGCAGCUGCGCAAGAGUUGGUCAAGAAUGAAGAGUUGCUCAACAGGCUGGAUUCAGGCUGUGGGGACGGCGAUUGUGGAAUUACGCUUAAGAAAUUCGGAAAAGCGGUAUUAUCAUACCUAGACACAGCUUCUUUGGAAUACCCAUCGAACGUCAUAUGGGAAUUAUCAGAGUUGGCUGAAACUGACAUGGGAGGCACUUCGGGAGGAAUAUACAGUUUAGGCCUCGCUGCAGCGUCGCAAUCUUUAGCUAAUUGUACAUCAAACGAUAGACAUACUUGGCUAGCAGCGUGGGAGAGUGCAAUGCGAGCAAUCACUAAAUACGGCGGCGCUGAACCGGGCGACAGGACCAUGCUCGACACAUUACACGCGGCGGCAUUGGUGUACAAAGAUAACUUGAAGGCUGACCUCAAAACUGCUCUCAAGAAGACAGUGGAAGCUGCUGAGAAUGGCUCUAAAGCCACCGCUACAAUGACCGCAAGAGCGGGCCGAGCAUCCUACGUGGCAAGUGGUUACGUCAACGACGAGGACGCGGGCGCGCGGGCGGUCGCGAUUUGGCUACACGCAAUGUUGGACUAUAUUUCUAAUAAGAAUUAGAUUCAAAUUGUAUUGAAAUCAAAUUAAACUAACAAGGCAAAUAGAAAUGGCUAUUCACUCUAAAUUAUAGGAACAAUGGGGUUGAUGACUAGGUUUGAAUAAAUUGAUUUUUAUGAUACAUUCGGGUAAAUAAGGUCAAUGUUAACUAAUUUAUACAAAAAAAGCAAAGAAUGUCUGGAUAUUUGCAAAAUAAAUAAGAUUAUAAAAUUUCAAAAUCUAUCAAAUUUUUUUUAUCGUAAUUAGAUAAAAAUUCGUUCAGUUUUA